CACAAUUUUCCUCAUUGUUCUUACGGUAAAAUCAGUACGUGGGAAGAAUUACUUAGAUUUGAUGAUGUGUACAAUGUCUCGAGUUGUGUGUGUGGAUUGGUAGAUUCCCCGAUAGUUUUUCCCCUUUCCUCUUGGCUUAUUUGUUUAAUAGGUGUCUUCUUUGUCUUGUACAGGUGUUAUAUUAUUGUCACUUGAGUGACGAAGAAACCAUUCACUAUGUCAGUAACAUGUCAGAGAUCAUUAGCCAAGUUUGGUGAAAAUGUAUCUCCGAUCUUAGUCUCUAAAUUACAAAACCAAGACACCAAAAGGCAAAAACAGGAAGCUAAGGUGGCUCCUAUUACCAGAAGAACCAAACUUACUGUUCCAAAGGAACCAAAUCUUAGAACUGCAGAAAGAUCUGAAAGACAAAGGUCCAAGGUUAACUCAGAGACCGAGCAGAUUGCGACAUCAACUUCUAAAUGACACAUUAGGAACAAAAAUGUACUUUAUAUUCUCGUGUUUCAAUCUCAGUUUCUUUAUUACCACAUUCUCAGAAGCUUAUGUUUUGAAUCUUGCAGAUUAAUCUGGAACCUCCUGUUUCAACAUCUUUGCCUAAAACUAAUACGCCACGGUCCCAAGAUUUUCAGGUAUAAUAUAUCUUCCAACAUUUU